AUGCUUGCCGCGACGUCGUUCGGGUGGGUGGCCAAGCAGAUCGACCUGCUGACGGGCGACAAGGCUCGAAGUGCGGUGAGCAUCGAGAACAUCAAGGCAAAGGGUUUGAAGUCGCUCCGUGAUAGCAUGGUCGAGUACAUCUGCAAACGCGUCGCCGAAAAACGAUCUGCGGCGCCGACUUCAGGAGCCGUUGGAACCGCCGACAGUGCGAUUGAUGACGACGGCGCCGAAAGUCAGACGGCGCCCCAAGCAGCAGCUGCCGCCCAGCACCAGGUGGACUUGCCGGUGUCCGGAGGAGGCGACGCCGCGGCAGGUGCAAGAGGAGGAGGAGGCGACGCCGCGGCAGGUGCAGGACGGAAGGUUCAAGAUUCGGAGUCGUCGGAUUCGGACUCAGAGUCGGAGUCGGAGGGGGAGGAGGAGGACGAGGCGGCGAAAGAGAAGAAGGUCGCGGAGGAUCACGAAGAGGAGGAGGAGGAGGAGGACAAGGACGAGAACGAUGAGGUGGUGGAGGUUGAGGAAGGGAAGGAUGAGGCGGAGAACGACGAGGAGGGGGUGGAGGCCGAGGUGCAGUACGAGCUGCAGUACGAAGACGGUACGGUUGUGGCGUUGGGGUCGGCGGAUGAAAAGAAUGAGGAAGCGGAGGAUGGCGAUGCGGGUAAUGCUACGAGGUCGGCAGAAGAUGGGGGGAAGGAGAAGGAUGAGGUCGGCGCGGAGGCAACGACGGAACAGGGCCAGGAGGAGGCGGCAUGCGAAGGUGCGAAGGUGUCGGUCGACGCCGGCGAAGGUGCGAACAUCACAGGCAUGCAGGAGACGAAGGAAGCAUCUGGUCGGCAGGGCCCUGAACAGGUCGACGUCGAGGAACUGCUGCGGGAGAACUUCCUGUUGAGGGCGGAGAACGCUCGGCUGAAGGCGUUGCUCGAUGAGGAGCAGGCUCGGCUGGACGGGUUUUUUGGUGGGUUACGUGGACUCGUCGACCACCUGAAGGAGUUGGCCGAACAGAUUGACGACACCGACAAGUUUGCGGCGCAGCAGCUGCGAAACGCGACGGCGGACAUGUCGAAGACCAUCACGGGCAGCUUCGACGAAGCGUGGAAGACGAUGAAGACAUUCGCGGAACAGGCGUCGGCGUGGUUGGAGGACUUCGACAAUCCGGAGGGUCGUGUGGCAUGUGCACGCGCUGAAGCUGUCGACGCCUUGGCCGAGCACGUGGAUGGGGUGGUGGGCGCUGCGAGGCGGGGUUUGGAGCUGUACAUCACGACGCAACUAUCCGCCGCGCAGGUCAACAUCGCCACCGCUGUGACCUCCAGGCUCCCCGUGCAGCCGCCGCCACCGCCUCAGCCCACGCCGCCCGCCCUCCCGGAAGAGCUCUUGAAGUCGUUCAAGGCCGACAUCAUGAAGACGGUGACGGAGGCCACCCAGCAGUCGUUCGUUGCUUCCGGGAUGAAGAUGUUGACCGAGAUGAUCGGCACUGUGGCGCCUGGUCGACGCGGGUCGUCGCCGUCGGCCAAUGACGCAGAUCAAGCGCAAAGGAGGGCGGCCGACAAGCAGGGCGAGAAGAGGACGGGCGACGGAGACGACAAGGAGAGCGUGAAGCGGAGCAAGGGAUCGGACGGGAGCCGCGGCACGAAGCCUCCUGCUCAGAGCGUGGUCGAACAGCUAAAGUCAAAGGCGGGGUGGAAGGUGAUAAGGACGUCGAACAGCAAGGGAAGCGGAAGCGGGAAGGCAGAGGGUGGCCCUGCCGACGGGGUUGCCGCUAACGUCGCUGCACCGCCUGGCCCGCCUUUGGUCGCCGAGCAGACCAAACCGCAGGCGACCUCCGGGAAAGGCGUGACCGACAAGGAGGCCCCUACUACUCAGGCGGCGAACGACGGCGGCGCCGGAACCACCAAGGGACCGUCCAUCGCGGUGGCGGCCAAGGGCAACGCGAAGGCCGCCUCUGCCAAGUCGCUUCCCCGUAAGUCCCCAGCGGCUACCCCCGCGCCGGCCGGCAAGUCAGGCGCCAACAACGAUGGGCCGGCCAUUGCGGCCCCUCCAGCUCCAGCAGCACCAACUGCCGACAAGGGCGACGCGACGGCUGCUGCGGCUAAGCCCGAAGGUCCGUCACCUGCUAAGGUGCCCGCCGGCAGUAACGCGCUCAGGGAGAUGCUCCGCCGCAUGGAUGCGGAUCGCAGGGACGUGCAGCAGCCUCCAGUGGUCGACGCCGCCCUUGCCGAAACAGCACGUCGCUCAGUCACGUCGCAGGUUGUCGGCAAAUCGACCGGUGCCCCACCUGCCGUGCCUCUAGUCGCCGCCCCACCGCCCGCGGAACCCAAAUCCGCGUUUCUUCGCGCCCAUUUAGGCGCACGCAAAGCGGGAGCUCGACAAGUGACUCAGCCGGAACCCGGCAAAAGCGCGACGCCGACGUCGGUAAACGCGACUUCACCCACACCAGGUGCAGCUGUGGUCGCUCGACAAGUGACUCAGCCGGAACCCGGCAAAAGCGCGACGCCGACGUCGGUAAACGCGACUUCACCCACACCAGGUGCAGCUGUGGUCGAUGCUGCGGCGGAGAAGGGUGUGAGCGCGGCGCUAGCCACCGGCGGCCGAGCCGACAGGCAUGCCAACCUCGCUGCCGUUCUGGCUCAAUUUGAAGCAGCAAAACGCCCCGAGUAUGCCCCAGCACUGGCCAUCAUGGACACGGCACAUGCGGCGCCGUCGGGGACCCACGGUGGGGGUUCGGCGGAGCCGACGACUGCAACGGCUGCUGUCGCCGAGGGAAAUGCGGGACGGAAGGGUAAGGACGACACCGGGAAAGGGAAGGCGGUCUCGCAGAGGAGCACGCGGGCGAUGUCGGCGGGGAAUGAGAUGUCGGAAGAGAAAGGGAAGAAGCCGGCACGGAAUCAGGACAAGUCGGGCGGCAAACAUAAGCCGGCGAAGAGGAAGGCGAAGGCGGAAGAGGAGGAGGAGGAGGAGGAGGAGGAGGAGGAGGGGGAGGAGGAGGAAGGGCAUGGACGCCGGGGUCAUGGCAUCCGCCGAGACAGGUCUGGCGACGGGCUUGGGUGGGUGGGCGAGAUCAAGAUUAAGGGCCAGAAUCGGUACAUCGGCAAGUCGCGCGAUAAGAUGGAUCUGGCCUACGAGCACGCGAUUGCGUACUUGCUCUACGACGGCUACGUGAGGAAGGUGCUGACGAAGGAGCUCACCGUCUUGAAGCCGGGGCAGUUGGAUGAAUGGAAGGCGGUAUGGGAGGAGCUCAGGUUCCUGUCGACCGGGAUGUGGACGGUGAUGUGGGCCAGAGGCUUGUGCCAUCCGAGAGCAAGGUAA